UGAUUCAGUUGCUGCUCGAAUGCUGAGGUUUUCGUUUACAAAUACAACGAAACUGUUAAAAUUAAUAGCUUACUUUUUGACUUAUUAGGGCAACUUUAUUAUUGUAUAUUAAUGUCACGUUGAUCAUAAUCAAUUAUAUAUAGCCAUAAAAUUUUAAAUUAAGAAAAUGUAUUCAAGUAGAGAAGGCCAACAGUGGUUUUCAAAUGAUACUAUAUCAACAAAUAGACGGUACUUUGCUCGAGGAAUAAACACUGAAUCGAGUAAACAUCAACUAAGAGGAAUUAUUAAUACUCUGAAACAUGCCACAAAAACUUUACCUAUUGAACAACAACUUGUUAAAUUUUCUGAAAUUCCCAAAACACUUGAUGAAACACCUAUUCCUGACAUUAUACAUGGUACUUUAUUGUUUUUUGCUGAACGGUUCAAAGAUUGUGAUCAUAAUGUAAUACGUCGAUGUAUCCUUAAAAUCCUCAAGGAUAGUGAAAAACAUAUUUCGCAAAAUUCACAAAGCUCAGAACUUGAACAAACUAUAAGGAAAAUCUUUUUCUUAUUAGAAAACCAAAGUAAUGAUCCUAUUGCUCGUGCCCUUACGUUAAGAUGUCUUGGUUAUAUGUCAGUUUUAUUAAUAGAAAGACUUGAUAUACAACAUGGAAUACUACAACGUUUAGAUUCGUCUGUUGAAAUUGAAGCGAAUGCGGCUAUUUUUGCUGCAGACAAAUUAUGUUCCAAAACUGAAAAAUUCUCGGCUCUUGCCUAUGAGAAAUUUGUUACAUUACUUCAAGCUAGUCAUGUUUCCCUAGCCUUUAAAACAAAGUUGGUGCGCAUAUUUCGCCACAUGCACUGGGAUAUCAAUUUAGCUCGUAAAACAAGAAUUAUAUGCCUUCAAUUACUUGAACAAUGUUCUGAUGAUGAAUUUGUUUUGACCAUAUUGAAAACGUUGACGUUCUUAUCAAAUCGCGCGCUUGUUGAUAGAACUGAUCAGAUUAAUUUAUUGAUUAAAUAUGCGCAAAAUGACCCUCGUGGACAUGUUAAGACAAGUUCGUUAGCAUAUUUGACUAAUAUUGCACCAAAAGAUUUGACUUUUGAAAUUUCACAUAUAUUGAUAUUAUUGAGUAUUGUAACUAGUGCGAAGGAACUUAAUGUUAAAGCUAAGGCAUUAUGUGUUUUGACUAUAUUGUUUCAACAAACAAGGCUUCUUUGCGAAAUUGCAUCAAUAGACACAGAACAAGAAACUCGUUUAGAAGUACUUCAUUAUAUUCAACAAUGUGAAGACUUGAUUCAAGAUAAAGUCAUUGAAAUAAAUGUUAUUACGGUGAAGUUGAUGUCUGUAAUUAUAAUCGAAUCAAAACGAAUAGAGUCAAUAUCAAAUAUUUUAAUCAGUCCAGAAUGGGAAACAUAUUUUAGCGAGCUCUCUAAAAGAAUUGCAGAGUUAAUAUUGUCGAACACAAAUCAAUUGAUAGAAUUUAUAUCCAUUAAUCAAACUGAACGCGAUAAAUAUAUUAAACUGAUGCAAGAAUACCUAAAGUGUCUAUUUUCAAUUUGUUUGUCGGAUAACAAUUUAAUCAAGGAUACGUCAAAAAUGAUUAUUAAUAUAUUACAAGAAUAUAUUGAUAUAAGUUAUGAUGAUGUAUUUGCUCAGUUGUCCAAGUUUCUUCUUAAGAUUUCCGAAUAUAAAGAAUCAAUAAUACAGGAAUUUAGAGAGGAUAUAUUUUUUUUUAUGAAAUCUGAAGAACUUAUCAAUAUGACUAAUUCAUUUACUAUGCUAGCAAAAACAGUCUUAAAAGCACGCCCUGAAAAUGUGACUCAGGCGAAAGAAUUUAAAGAAUCGUUUAUGGAAAGAAUCAAUCAAUUUGGAAAUUUCCAGGAUGGAAGAUAUACACAAAAUCAAUGGAAUAUUUAUUUAAUAGGGUUAGAAGCCGGAAAAUCUGGAUGUUUUUCAAUUAUGGGUGCAAUAGUAACUAAUUUUGUAAAUGAGGUAGAUGUUGAAGCACAUCGCUUUUGGCUUAGAGCAUUAAGUAAUGCAUCAAAUGCAGAACAAAUGAUUUUGGAAAAUAUUGAAGGUAUUCAAAUGCAGCUUGAUUUAUUCGAUGAAGGUGUUAAAUUCUACUCGAAGUGUGAUACCGAGUUAAGUGGCUUGAUGUCUUUGAUUGACAAUAGUGGAGUCCGUGUAUUUGGAAAAUGGUUUUGUCAGCUUAGGGCCAGAUUUUUUUCUACUAUGAAACUUAUUUUAGCUCAGUUGAACUUCUUGUCUUCAAGAGCACCAAAAUUACUUGAUCCUGACGUUGUAAAUAUUAAUGAGUCUUUGAUACUCUUGGCUCGUAUGCAUGAUUUCGUUGCACAUUCGUUUUUGGAUAUUGAUGCCGAAAGUUUAGCAAUCUUAGAGUCGUAUCAGAUAUGCUGUUUGGUAUUAGCGUAUGCGAUACAGUGUCUUCUCAUUCCUUCAUUUCAGAAAGAAGAGUAUAUUAAUCCUAUGUUACUUCCAUUGAUUCGGCUUGCACAUCGUGACGAGAAUGAUUCUAUUCUUACAGGGCAGUAUAACGAUAUGAAUUCGCGAAAAAAUAAAGUACAAUAUGUAUUACGGGCAAGGUGCGUUGAAGUUUUAAGAUCUAUAGAAAAAUGUCGUACCAGUGGAACAUCAAAUAAAACUGCGACACAAUUAAGUCAAUUUGUUCUUUUCAUUUUGAGUGUUCCAAUAAAUUUACCACCAUUUUUCUUCGAAAACAAACAAGGAACUCAUCUUAAGUGGAGUAAAGUGCCUGCAUUAGGCUGGAGUCAAUCUGGGAGUAGAGUUUCCUCAACCGCUGUAUCAGAUAAAGAGAAAGUAGUUAUCAAAUUGGAAGGAGUUGUACAAUUAUCUAAAAAAUUAGCUAAGAAACAUUUAAAGAGUAUUCAAUUUAUUAUCUUUGGAUCAAAGACUGAUAUAUUUGAAUUUGAUGAAUUUGAAGAAACUUUACAAGGAAAUUUUAAAUUCUCUGAUUUAGCGUUGGCAUAUAAAGGAAAAAAUAUAAAACAGAAGGAUACUUCAGAAGCGAAUUAUGUUGCCACUACAAUAGUACCUCUUAUCAAUAAUUAUUUUGCUACUACCGCACUCGUCCAAUUUCCUAUGGAUUCAGAUGGUACUGGAUUUCUUAACAUUCAUACCAGAAUCGUUGAUGAUAAAAAUAUUGUAUGGACCAUCGGCCCUGAUUUGUAAGUUAAAAAGGUUCCUUAUUUAUUAGUUAAAUGAUAUAUACUUUUCUAAAAAUUGUAUUAUUAUCAUUUAUUAUAGAAUAAUAUCUUCUCCUUCAGAAUAUCAAAAUAAUCAAUACAUUUAAUAGAAAUUUGCUGCUUAGUAUACUGAAUUUUGGCUGCCAUAGGUACCAUUAAACAAUAUUGACCACAAAAUCUGCGAUAAUGAACCUCAUUUACUGUGUAUCACAUAAGAUAAUACUUCAAACAUAAAUAAUUUUUUUUAACAAAUUGCAUUUAUUAUUUGUAAUCAUAAACAUGAUUUUUAAAGCGGU